GUGAUUUCUGCAUAUUGCACCUUUAAUUUGGCCUAUGCUGUAGGCCUGUUUUACAUUCAGCAAUUAGCAAGAGCAAACUGCUUCUUUCCCCGAAUAGGCUAUUAGGCCUAGUAUAAAAAAUUAUCAAAAUAAAUGUUAUAUGCUUUUCCUGGGAUUUCACGAGAAGAGGAAUGGCCUAUUGCGGAGAGACUUGCGUAGCCUAUAUCCUAUUGUGCAUGGGAACAGCUGGAAGAGGUGUUCUCUUUGGAUAUUUUACCCCACUCUCUUCCACAAUCCAAGUUUCUCCAGUGACCUGUAGGUGCAAGAACAUCUCUUCAUGUUAUGAACACUGUGUCACAUCCCAAGAGGGAGUCCGUGAAUUAGAUUGCUUUGGUAAACAUCUGGGCCUCAGUAUGAUCGGCUGGAAAUGUGUGUGGACACCUGGAAAACAACAAACACACAGAUACACACUCUGUACAGAACAGAAAAAGUAUAUCAAAAUGCAUGCAAACAUACUGGGGACGUCUCAGACUAUUAAGCUGUCCAAAAAGCUUUACAUGAUAGCUCAUGUAUUUGACGAGAGUGAUUCGAAGAGUUGCACGAAGACUGUUUUCAGAGGUUCACCUCAACAAUUGGUUCGAUGCGGCCCCCCAUCUAAUGUACACUUCAAUCGCCAUUCAAGAAAGUUGGAUAUCCAGGUCUCCUGGAGGAAGGAAGAGACCAAAUAUAUCCCCCUUUACUCUGUGAGAUACAAGGAGCUGAACAGCCUGCCAUGGAAAGAGCUACCAGUGCAAUCCAAGAAUAUAAAUAGGUGCACUGUGGGUAAUCUUAACUCCUCACUGUCCUAUGAGGUGCAGAUACAGUGUGUGGCCAACAAUAAAUGUACACAGUGCCCCUGGAGCGAGGCUUUCACUGUCCCACCGGAACUUACUGAUACGCCUGUCAUUGAGAUGGUAAAAGAUAGUCGUCCACAAACCAAAGGGAGGAGAUUAGUGAUCAUAAAAUGGAAGUUUGCAGCCAGUGAGUUAGCGGAGGGCUACAGUGUUUCUGUGGGGAAGGCCUCAGGAGAGGACCCCAUUGAGACCUUCAACACCAGCAGGCCCCUACUCAUAGUGACCCUGUCUCACUCAGCAUACCACCUCAAAAUCACAGCUCUCAACGGGGCUGGGACCUCACCUGCAGCACAGAGCACUAUACAGCCACUGGACGGCAAAGACUUAUAUGGGAAGCUGAAUGUGACAUUCAAUUGCAACACGUCCUUUACUGUUUCCUGGGUGGAUGACCUGAUCAAAACCUACUCCUGCUUCUCAGUGGAAUGGUGGAAGAGAGGAAACAAAGCUGCUCACAAGUCCUUCUAUGAGGAUGAGAACAAUUAUGAAGUCAUACCAUUGCAGGAGCCAUUAGAGCUAUAUAAGAGGUACACCUUCACUCUGCACACGAGGCCAGACAAAGAGCCCUGCAACCUGAAGUUCAUCAACAACAGCGAGAGCACCUACGGGAGGGUCCAGGCCUACUUCACUGAAGGAUCCCCCCUUAGUGCCCCAGGGAACAUCAGCAGCAGUAAUGUUACCCAUAGUUCCAUGGUGCUGAAGUGGACAUCGGUCCCUGAGGAGGACACCAGAGGUUUCCUGCUGGGCUACGUCCUCCACUACACAGAGAGCCCGCAGGACGGAACAGACACUGAAACAAACGUCACUGUGGAUGCUGGUUCAAGCAGCUAUGAGUUGGUGGACCUAAAAAGCAAUACUGUGUACCAGGUCCAGUUGUCUGCCUUCACUGCUGCAGGAAUGGGAGUGAGAAGCUCAGCUGUAUACUUUGAAACCAAGUCAACAGCAUCCCUGUCUAUGAGUGGUAUGAUAGCAGGGGUCAUUAUUGGAGUAACUUUACUCUUACUUGUGGUUAAUCUCGGCUCUCGGUUGUUAAAAAGAGCAAAGAGACUACUCUGGCCAAGUCUCCCUAAUCCUGGUAACAGCAAUGCCAUUCAGAAAAUAGAUGGGGUCUACAAGCUGGAACUCCUGGAGCCCAUCAACAGACAGAAGUUAGAGGAAGAGGAGGGGGACGCCAACAGUCUGCACAUUGUUGACAGAAGAGAAGAUAUGUCUCCCGUUAGCAACCUCCAUAGCAACAGUGACUCGUGUCUACACCUCAACACAGACCACGAAGACAAUCAAGGGCCUUCAGAGACAACCGCAGACUCUGCCGAGCCCACUAAAGUAGACCCUCAAAUCAGCAUGGGUUUGUGCCGAAGAGACACAGCCACAGACAGUAGAGAUCAAGAUCCCACUUCUGACACCAUUAAACCUACCACAGACAGAAGACAGACAGACCCUGUACCCAUUAGCACGGCGGCCCACCAGUGCCCGCAGUUGUCCUUUAUGAGUGAUUACACGACCAUGGAACUCUUCCAACAGGCUAUGCCUCAGUGUGUUCCAGCCACUAUGUCAUUAUCAUCGGAACCCCAGGGUCAGUCAAGCCAGUCAGAGGAAACAGACUCACCCCUGACCAGAACAGGGUUAGAUUACAUACGCCAGUCCCUCUACGAUACUGUCCUCCACCUGUCCCAAGGCAGCACCAGUCCAACUCAGAACACUGAGGUGUAUGUCACGGUUCUUUGAGAAUGUUUACUGUAGAUUCUAGAUUCUGCCAUUCUCACUGAGAUGCUGUGGAACAAUUUUCAGCAUUUCUUUCUAUGUAAAAAAACAGCUGCUGCCAUCAGUGUCACCCUGUUCACUAGACUACUUAAAGAGUUCUGGACAUGAUGGGAUCGUCAUUACUCUGGAAUGAGAAACCUUUCAAUGACAUAUAGGACCUUAAACGCUGUUAUCCAAUCAAAAUGUGUAUUGGUGGUCACAGAAUAUAUUGAGGGAUUGUUCGAGGAGCAGAAAUGUCCCAAUAGUUUUGUUUGUUGUGGUUUUAAAUAAAAUCCUGGAUCAGA